AUGGCGGAGCUGAUCACACUGCCAAGGGCUCUGACAGAGGUGAAGGCUCAGAAAGCCCAGGAACCUGCAGGCAAAGCAGGAACCUACCACCGUGUCUGCCGUCACGGGCACGCCCCCUUCUACAUCAGCCUCGUCUGGCUACUCGCUCUGGUGGCUUUGGUGCCCAAUUUCUUUGUGGGGUCCCUCGAGUAUGAGCCAAGCAUCUACUCCUGCACCUUCAUCCGGACAGCCAGCACCCAGUACACUGCGGCUAUGAUGGCCAUUUAGUUCCUCCUUCCAAUCGCUGUGGUAUCUUCCUUCUGCUACCUGCGAAUCUGGGUCCUGGUGCUCCGGGCCCGAAGGAAGGUCAAGGCUGAGAGUAAGCUGCGCUUGAGGCCCGGUGACUUGCGCAGUUUCCUAACCAUGUUUGCAGUGUUUGUGGUUUUUGCCGGAUGCUGGGCCCUCGACUGCAUCGGCCUUGCAGUGGCCAUCAACCCAGAGGCGAUGGCUCUCCAGGUCCCAGAGGGGCUUUUCGUCACCUGCUACUCUAGCUGCCUUAACACCGUUGUCUAUGGGCUCCUGAACCCGAACUUCCGCAGGGAGUACAAGAGGAUCCUCUCAGCCCUCGGGAACACGGGGUGCUGCUUCCGUGAAUCUUCCAAAUGCUGCCUUGCUGAGGAGCUGCGGAGCCCAGUGCCACCCGCUGCCGGGGCUCCUGUGCCUGUCCAGGAGGGUGCUCUCUAG